AUGUCGGGAGCACUUAAAAAUAUAAUGUAAGUAAUUCGUUAUCUUCAUUUUUUUUAGAAUAUUUCAAAUUUAUAUUUCAAUUUGAUUUAACCUUUAUUGGUAAUGUUUGUAAUGUUUGUUAAUUUUGAUUGAAACUGAAGUAUUUCGUAUAUGACUUUUAAUACUUAGCAAUUUUUUUAUCUAUACAUAAAGAAUAAAUAUAAGGCAUUGUAGAUUGUUGAAGCAAAUGUAAGGAUUUCUUUUAUUUUUUCUUUCUCUUGCAAAACUUGAUUGAUAAGAAUUGUUUCUUUUUUAGUAAAAAGAAGAAUGCUAAAACUCAAACUGAUAUUAACACUGAUAAAAUUGUGGAAAUAGCACGCUUAGAAGAACAAGUAAAACUGCUUAUAAUUGAAAUUAAACAGUUAAGAAGAUAUUUAGAAGAUCUAAAGUUUAUGGAAACAGGUUUAUGUGGUAACCCACAUCUUAAUGAUAUUGAAAACUGUAAUAAGACAGUAUCAAACAGCUCACAAAGUCAAAGUGUACAGAAUAAAGAUAUAAAAGUAAUGCCACAUUGUUCUUGUAAAACAAAAUGUUCUACAAAAAAGUGUGGAUGUGUAAGAAGAAAUACUCAAUGUGGACAGUAUUGCAAUUGUAAUACAGAUAUUUGCCUUAAUCAAAACAAUGAUAAUGAUUUUAAUCCCAUGCAGCCUACCCGUGAGAUCCCUCGAACACCAGUUUGUGACAAUAGUAAAAUAAUAUCUUGUAAUAUUUCUGAAAAAUCAGUUAUGUAUGAUAAUUCAUCGAUCAUGUCUGUUACUUGUACAAAAGAAGAAGAAAUUCCUACAGAAUCUGAUCAUCUCCAAGUGGAUUGGGAAAAAUAUCAAGCUCAGCUUAUUGCAUGUAAAAAAUGUAGUAGAAAAUUUCAUCCAUCAAGGAUUGAGAAACAUGAAUCUUGUUGUAAAAAAUUAUGA